AUGGCGAAUGACGAGGACAAGAAGCUCGUGACGAUCCAGGCGGCGGCCAAAGACCCUGCGCAAACAGGAAAGGAAGGGAAGAAGGAGAAAGAUGGCGACAAGAAGAAGAAAGUCGAUGACGAACUGACAGAGGAAGACAAGAAGAUCAAGGAGGACAUCGAGCUCCUUGUUGAAAGACUGCAAGAUCCGGAACCAGGCGUCGUUGCCCUCGCUCUCCAGACACUGUCUAUACAGCUGAAGGCGGCCACGUCGUCGAUGACGAGCGUGCCAAAGCCUCUUAAAUUUCUGCGGCCUCACAUUCCGGUUCUCAUCGAUCACUACCAUCGCCUGGCGGCUGACGACGCAAUCAAGCCGGACUUCGCGAUGGUCCUUGCGGUUCUCUGCACGACAUGUGGAGACGGCCAGAGGCGCUCUCUGCACUUCUGCUUGGAGGGCGGGUGCAAGGAUAUUGCGAGCUGGGGCUUUGAGUUCCUCCGCAACCUCGCGGGGGAGGUGGCUGCGGCGUACGCGGAGAUCCACGGCGAAGAGAAGAAGGCGGGCGCUGUGGAAGAAGAUUUGUUGGCCGAAUCUUCCGCUGAGCAGCGGGAGAGUGCCUCAACCUCGGCCGAUCGCCCCUCUGGGGACAAGGCACAGGAGGCGAAGGAUGCGGAGGCGAAGGAUGCGGGCGAGGCGAAGACGGCGCCGUCUGGGAAGAAGACAUCUAUGGCGCUCCAGAUCUCGAUGGAGGUGCCGUUGCCGACUCUCGCGCAGCUGAACCAAGUGGUGGAUUUGAUUGUCCCUUACUACAUGGCACACAAUGCGGAGUGCGACGCGAUCGACUUGCUGUCGGAAGUCGAGCGCAUCGAGAGCGUGGCUGCACACGUGGACGGCAACAACUUCCCGCGCGUCACGCUGUAUCUUCUGGCGAUGGCAAACUACGCGGCGUCGCUCGACGAGUACUCACGCUUCCUCACCGUCGCCUUCACGAUCCUGUUCGAUCAGAAGCAGUGGUUCGACGCCAUGCGUGUGGCGUUGAAGCUGCCGAAUGCAGCGACUGGGGAGAACGAGAAGAUCAAGGCCGUCGUCGAGCACUGCCGCGCCGACGACCCGCUCAUGGUCAAGCAGCUGGCCCUCCUCCUCGGGAGACAGGGCGUCGACUUUGACUUCGAGGACGAACAGACCCAGCGCCUGAACAGCGGCGAGGAACUGUCCAACUUCUUCCUCCUCCUCGCCAAGGAAAUGGAUGUGCUGGAACCAAAGGCCCCCGAAGACGUGUACAAAACCCACUUGGAAGACCCCGCCUCGAGCCGCAGGGGCGCGACGGGCGCUCUCGACAGCGCAAAACAAAACCUCGCAUCGACCUUCGUCAACGCCUUCGUCAACGCCGGAUCCUGCAAAGACAAACUCAUGCUCGCCGAUGGAGGUUCCUGGCUGUACAAGAACAAAGAUCAUGGGAUGAUCUCUGCGGCAGCUUCUCUGGGGGCGAUUCUUCUGUGGAACGUCGACGAGGGAUUGUCGCACCUGGACAAAUACCAGUACUCCUCAGACGCGAACAUCAAGGCAGGCGCCCUCCUGGGUUUCGGCGUCUUGAGCAGCAACGUGCGCCACGAGUGUGACGCAGCGUUUGCUCUCCUAAAAGACCACCUGGAAGAUUCCGCCGAGGGUGGCCGCAGUGCGCCGUGCCAGAAAGUCGGGGCGGUUGUCGGCCUCGGCUGCGCGCAUGCAGGCACGAAGCGCGAAGAUGUCAUGGAGGCUGUCACGGUCGUGAUUGUCGAUAGUUCCCUGCCUGUCGAGUGCAGCGCCUUCGCGGCUGUCUCGCUCGGCCUCGUCUUCGUCGGCAGCUGCAACCAGGAAGCGGCGGAGGCAAUUCUCACGACGCUCAUUGACCGCUCGUCUGUCGAGAAGGGACUGGAUUCGCCGCUGUGCUGCUACUUUGCGCUGGGUUUGGGUCUUCUCUUUCUCGGCGCCCGAGAGGCCUGCGAGCCGACGCUGACUGCCCUGGAGGCGCUGGCCUCUGCGGCGCCGGCGUCGGAGCCUCAGCAGCUGCGGGCGUGUCUCCUGGCCGCCUACGCCCAACGGACGGUCGAGGGCCUCGCCUACGCCGGCAGCGGAGACGUUUUGAAGGCCCAGAAAUUCUUGAGCGUCUGCAGCGAGACGCGCGACAAGCAGUACUGGAGCGCUCUGCUCGGUCCAAAGACGGGAGAGGAGGGAGAGGGCGAGAAGGAAGAGAAGGACAAAGCGACGAAGGAGACCGACGCAGCGGCGGCGCAGAGCCGAAACCCCGAAGGGUCCGCAGAAGACGACGAUGAAGAAGAUGGCCGCAAAUUAGACCAAGCUGUCGCUGUCAUGAAUCUGGCGCUCCUCGCCUUCGCCGAAGAUGUCGGCGCCGAAAUGAGUCUCCGCAUGUUGGAUCAUCUGCUCCAGUACGCGGACUUGCCUCAACGCCGGGCUGUGCCUCUCGCUCUCGCGCUCCACUCGCCUUCUCGCGCCAAGCAGGGAAUCAUCGACACACUCUCGAAGCUGUCCCACGACGUCGAUGCGGAGGUGGCCCUCAACGCAAUCUUUGCCAUGGGCGUUGUCGGCGCAGGCACAAACAACGCGCGCAUCGCUGGCCUUCUCCGCUCGCUUGCUUCCUUCUACGGGAGAGAUGGAAACGCCCUCUUCGUGAUUCGGCUCGCCCAAGGCCUUCUCUACAUGGGAAAAGGCCUCCUGACCAUCAAUCCUGUCCACUCGGACAGAUUCCUCGUCAACAAUGUUGCCCUCGGCUGUCUCUGCGUCAUCAUGCACACUUGCCUCCACAUGCGCACGACCAUUCUCGGGAAGUACCACUAUCUUUUGUAUUACCUCUUCCCGGCGAUGCAGCCGCGCAUGCUGUUCACUGUUGCACCGAUGAGUCAGUUGCCCCAAGCCCCGUCGAGCUCCACGGAGGGCGCGUCGGCGUCUCCUGAGGAGACAGGCGGGGCGGCAGGCACAAGUGGGACUCCAGAGGCACCGGAAGAGGCGAUGGGCGAGGAGAAAGAAGUGGAUUUGUCUGAGGAGGAGCUGAGGAUGGCGUGCCUCUCUGCGAGGGUCGGAGAGGCCGUAGACAUCGUCGGACAGGUUGGGAGACAGCCGAAAACCAUCACAGCUUUCCAGACGCAUACGACUCCAGUUCUGCUAAGCUACAGCGAACGCGCGGAACUCGCGACUGACGAGUAUGUGCCGUUGGCGAAGGUCCUCGAGGGCGUGGUCAUCGUGAAGAAGAAUCCCGACUUCAAGCCUGCGAAGACAGCCUGA